AUGCCAAUGGUAUUUGGCGGUACAAUUCAAAUUCGAUUGUUUGCUAACAACGAUAAUCAUCCUAUAGCUGGCACUGAUUUCGUAACAUUUGUACCUGAGGAUAAUGCUGAACUUUUAUUAAGUAACUACGCUGAACUGACUCAAUUAACCGAAGCGAACAAUGAUAAUGAUGAGUUCACGAUGAGGUUUCGUUCCAAUGCCAUCACAAACAAAUACUUGUUUCAUAUUAGCGUCUAUGACUAUGCAGCCCAACAGGAUGAAAACAAUGGAACACUCUACAAUCCUCUUAAGCGGCAUGUUGAACUUGGUCUGACAAAUGUUAACCUGUCAUACAUUGGUAAUAUAACAAUUCGUUAUGAUUCCAUAAUUCCUACCAUUGGUGAACCCGAAGAUCGUGUUCACUCAUUAGGUAUUACUUUUGACGUUGUUUCAGCGGCACAAUCGGCUCGGUUUACUGUGCCGUUAAUCAAGUGGGGCUUCCGUAUUUAUAAAGCACAGAAGUUCAUCCGUGAUAAUUAUUGUUCAGUUUGGCUCCGCUUUCAGCCAGAUGCAUCUUUCUAUAUUAAUCAGAUUCCUCCAUGUCCGUGCCGAGUACAGACAACAUGGAACAAUGAUUUUAUGGGUUAUACAGCUGACCCUAAAUGUGAUGGAAGCAAGCCAGCAAGCGAAACGUGCUCAUAUCACAAGGGUGCCAAAGGCUGCUAUCGAAAGAAAUCCGAUACGACACCUGCAGGUGCUCAAUGCUGCUACGACACACAGGGUGUAUGGAUUACUGAUCCGAAGAAAGGUGCCGGAACGCUCGAUGCAUAUAUGCCGACAUUUGUUUGGCACUCACCGUCAACCUAUUUACCAACGUUGGCUCAUUAUUUCUCCGAUGUCAUGUCGUACGAGUCCUGUUGCACGCGUAGCAAAGCCACUGAAGCUACAUGCAAAGCAUACCAUGAGAAAAGACCAGCCGGAAAAUGCGAAAAUAUUUGGCCAGUACCCUUAGGCGGCAAUGGUGAUCCGCACUUUUCUACCCUCCAUGGUGGUUCAUAUACAUUUAAUGGUCAUGGAGAGUACACACUAUUGAAAGUAUCUGCUAUUAAUCUUGAAGUACAAGUCCGAUUAGAACCCAUCGGCAAUUUACCUAAUACUGAAGACAAAGCAACAAGCAUUACAGCUUUCGCUAUACAAAACGAUGGAUUGGGCACUACUUAA